AAAUUAGUAAUAUAGUAAUCAUAAGAAAAAUUCAUAAUAUUGUACAGUUGAAGUAUAGUUAUCAAGUAGAAAGUUAUAGUUGAAUAUUAAUUACUAAUAGUAAGUUACACCCUGGUUAUAUAAAUAGUAGCUUAUAUCAACAUUGCGGGUGUACACUGUGGAGACAUAUACGUAGAAGGAAGCGGAUAUACAGGUUGUAUCUUUUGAAUAUUUUUAGUAUGUAAAUAAAUCACUUUUACUGUCUGAUUUAGUAUAGACUUAAAUAUACUCUCGUAUAGACACAGUCACAAUAGAUUCGCCUACCUUUUGUAUCUUGCUGUGUCUCCGGUGGAGACGGAGAUAUUGUUAUGUCUCGCAUGCUUUAGCUAUACGAUAGUUUUUUGUGUAUGUUUUAGCAUGUUGUGUCAAUCGUUUGUUUUUGGCUGGUCUGAAAAUAUAUUUUGUUACACAUAAAGGCUAAAUAAAUUUGGACAAGAUCAGCUGGCUGGAAGUUAUCAUCGAAAUAAAUACUCUUUUGCAACACCUGAUAUUACCAGCAGUACCAGCCUAUGAGGUGUACGUCCUUUUUUUAAUGUACCGUGUCAUAUGAGACCUGUGUUGUUCACACAGAUCGUGGGUCCAUCUUGUGUCCAUUCAUUUAAAACAGUUAAAUUAAUUUGCCUAGAAAUAUUUGUAAAGAUGACCGAAUAAACAAAGACAGUAUUUCUUACAAAUAUGACUUUCUGUAUUCAGGUCCUAAACCCGCUUGACGCAGUAUGUGACAAGGAGCGAAAUGACGCUGUAUGUGUCAGUAAUUUGAAGUCAGCAAAAGACAUAGACAAAAGUAUACUGCAAGAAAGACCAGAUGUCAAGAUAUUUCUGCCUUUUAGAUUCCAUUUCUACAAGCCCAAGGAUCUAUUUAAGGAAAACACCUACAAGAAUUAUUUAGUUGCUCCCGGUGCAGAUCAUGUGUUGAGUUUAGUUGACGAGAUAUCAUACGUGGCGCCACCGGCCCCACCUCUGUCCCAAAUGCACGAACUAUCACCAGAACUGUUCUGCAACGGAGAUAAUAGGCCGGCCGACUGUCCUGUAGACUGCAGAUGUACCCAUAUGAUUGAUGUGCCUCUGAACUCUGUUGUUGAGAUUGUUCUUGUUGAUGAAGUUCAAUCUCCAAAUCUAUCGCAUCCGUUCCAUCUUCACGGCGCGCCAUACAAUGUGAUCGGUAUGGGGCGAUCUCCCGACAAAAAUAUCAAGAAAAUCAACCUGAAACAUGCUCUGGACUUGGACAGAAAAGGACUCCUACACCGGCAGUAUGAUCUGCCGCCGUUCAAAGAUACCAUCGCCGUACCCAACAAUGGUUACGUGGUUCUGAGACUGAAAGCUGACAAUCCAGGAUACUGGCUCUUCCAUUGUCACUUUAUCUAUCAUAUAGUGAUAGGAAUGAACUUGAUUUUACACAUCGGAACGCAAGCGGACUUACCACCAGUACCCCCGAACUUCCCAAGAUGUGGCAAUCACUUACCAUCGAUUACCCCGCCUUACUAUCCAGUUAUACAUUGAUUAACAAUUAUGUACUUUUCAAUAAUUAGUAUUAACUAUUUUAUAUUCAAACUAGCUUCCUAGAUUGCAUAUAAAUCAGAUGAAGAAUUUAGUAGACCACGAGUAUAGUGCGUGUAUAGAUGUUGAUCAAUAUAACCCGUGCCAAUAAAGAAACGAAUCUCAAAUGGCAGCCACUAAUGAUUCCCUCGCACAUGUAACAUCAUCUAUCUGCCAUUCCUAUUUCGCUGUCAGACUGACCUGUAGCGAAGCCUUUUUAGUUUCGUUUCAUUAUUUGCACGGAUUAUAACUGUUUUAUCUUUAUUCAGUGAUUUCAUUAUACCAUUUUUCUAUGUAAUUUAAUGCAUUAGUUGAGACAAUGAAAGUCUAAAGCGAAGCGAAACAAAAAAUAACAUUUUCAAUACAGUUGUUAAACAUGGCGUACUUUCAGAGGUUAUAACUAUGAUUCUAAAAGUAAAUCUGGCUUUUAGAAGCUCGAUCUUACAUUUACAGUUUAGUUUUUAAUUUAUAAAAAGAAUUGAAGCAAGGAGUUUUCAUACAUAAAAUAAAAAAAGGAUCGAUUUGUAUAAAAAUGAAUAAAACUCUACGUCAUAGCAUUGAAUUCUCAAAAUUCUUUUAAAUAAUGUAUAUGAAUUUAAUAAACAUUUUUAAUUUAAUUAUUUUCACAUCAAAAUUAGUUCAGUCAAAAAUCUAAUAGGCUGUACACAUGUACGACACUAGAAACCUUCGCCUUCGGAUCGGGCUUUUUAAUGACAGCUGUUCGUUUCCAAGAACCUAAUUUCCACCCUUGUAUCACAAUGUUCUAUUAUUAAAUUAAUUAGUUCUGUAAUAACACUGAAAAAUCUUCAUCAAUAUAUAUGUAAUCUCUGUUGUGAUUAUGAAGGCAUCGAUGAAGUGUAUUGCCAUAAUAAAGUAUGUUAGUAAUAAUUGUAACUAUUUCGCGUGAGCGUCAACUAGACACCAAAGCUCUUUAAUGUAAUUAUGUUUAUACAUAUAAUAUAUACCACUAUUUUAUUGUGCUAAACUCUCUACGGCUGCAUUUAUUGCUCGACCGACCGCGACGGUCAGCGCUGACGUCAGUUAAGGC